AUGUGGCAGAUGAUUCCCACGGCCUCAGCUAUCAUCUGGUUUACUACACUCAAUGCGCUGCUUGGAGCCUUUAUUGUCUUUCCUCCUCACGAUCAUCUUAAUUCUACUGUACCAGCCCGGCCACCUUAUCCAUCGAUGUCUUCCGAAUUUCAUUCAGUACCAUACGUAUCGGACAUCGGAGCUACCAAAGAAAUGCAGCCAAUAUUUGUAAUAGGCUGUGUCUUGACCACUUUCUUGCUCGCAGGAUGUUUUGUUGCAGAACGUGCACUUCGUCAUAAAGGUCGUCUCGCAAGAAAUACAGAUAGUACUGAGAGAGUAGUAGCUUAUCUGAGCAUUGCAUCGGCUAUAGUUGGAUCCAUGGGCUUGAUCUUCCUCAGCAUAUUCGAUGUUUUGAGGUAUAGGACUAUACACAACAUAAUGGUGGGGUUAUUCAUAUCUGGAUAUACUAUCAGUGCAUUUUUUCAGUUUUGGGAACAUUAUCGUAUGGGAUGUAAAUAUCGAGACACACAUGCGAACUUGAUGGUUUCAGCUUACACGAAACUCGUUUUUAUUGCUCUGGAAGGUGUUCUCGGUCUAGCAUACUGGUAUGUCUUCAUAGCGAAGAAUUGGGAUGCGGGUGCUGCUAUCGAAUGGGCCGUGUCCUACGUUUUCUGUUUUUACAUCCUGUCAUACCUUUUUGAUUUCCUCCCGGCAUUGAAUACGAAAGAUAAGGACUGUAGAUUUGGAGUUUAUACCGAAGAAUGUAUGGUCCAGGUUAAUGGUCGCAGGAAGCAAGCUGUUGUACAAGAGGUCAGGGGAGUUGCACCCGGAUGA